GACAAAAAAAAAAAAAGAAUUAAAAAGAGAAUUAAAUUCAGAGAAAAAAACCUCCAUGAAAAUGUCUCCGAAAUCCUCUCUUCUACUCCAAAGAAUCAACGAAACACCAACCACCGCCGCGGCGGCGGCGUGCAAGCAAGCAUACCGCCACCCGGACGCCGCCCAGGUACCGGAAAACGUGGCCCGGUACCACACACACGCGGUGGGGCCCAACCAGUGCUGCAGCUCCGUGAGCCAGCACAUCUCGGCGCCGGUGUCCACCGUGUGGUCGGUCGUCCGCCGCUUCGACAACCCGCAGGCGUACAAGCACUUCGUCAAGAGCUGCCACCUCGUCCUCGGCGACGGCGACGUCGGAACCCUCCGGGAGGUCCGCGUAAUCUCCGGCCUCCCCGCCGUCAGCAGCACCGAGCGACUCGAGAUCCUCGACGACGAGCGCCACGUCAUCAGCUUCAGCGUCGUCGGCGGAGACCACCGCCUCGCCAACUACCGAUCCGUCACGACACUGCACGCGGCGGCGGGCGGCGGCGGAGGCACCGUGGUGGUGGAGUCGUACGUAGUAGACGUGCCGCAAGGUAACACGAAAGACGAAACCUGCGUGUUCGUUGACACCAUUGUUAAAUGCAAUCUUCAAUCCUUGGCUCACAUCGCUGAGAAUCUCUCCAGACGAAACCCUUCUUCUUCUGCCUGAGUAAAACAAUUUUUAAUUACAGACAUGCAAAAUCAAAACUAUUAUUACACACUUGAUCGAUCGAUCCGAUGUUUUUUUUUUCUUUUUUCUUUUUUUUUUUUUUGUUCAAGGAACAUGUAAUAAUUUUUUUUAUGUUCUUUUUUUUUUUUUUUUAAUUUUAAUUUCUUCGCUUUUAGACUGUUAAUUAAUUAUGAACAAUCAUCAAUCGUUCUUUGUCCAGAAUAAUCUUCUACUUUUCUU